UUUAAUAGCUUGCUUCCCUCUUUUAGCUUUCCUUAUUGGAAAAGGCUGGAUUUGGAGGUGUUCUUCUGUAUAUUGAUCCUUGUGACUUGCCAAAGACUGUGAAUCCUAGCCAUGAUACCUUCAUGGUGUCACUGAAUCCAGGAGGAGACCCUUCUACGCCUGGUUACCCAAGUGUUGAUGGAAGUUUUAGGCAAAGCCGAUCAAACCUCACCUCUCUGUUAGUGCAGCCCAUCUCUGCAUCACUCGUUGCAAAACUGAUCUCUUCGCCAAAAGCUAGAACCAAAAAUGAUGCCUGUAGCCCUCUAGCGCUUCCAAAUAAUGAAGUAAGAGUCGUCAGCAUGCAAGUUCAGACGGUGACAAAAUUGAAAACAGUUACUAAUGUUGUUGGAUACGUAAUGGGCUUGACAUCUCCAGACCGGUAUGUCAUAGUUGGCAGCCAUCAUCACACUGCACACAGUUAUAAUGGACAAGAAUGGGCCAGUAGUACUGCAAUAAUCACAGCGUUUAUCCGUGCCUUGAUGUCAAAAGUUAAGAGAGGGUGGAGACCAGACCGAACUAUUGUUUUCUGUUCUUGGGGAGGAACAGCUUUUGGCAAUAUUGGCUCAUAUGAAUGGGGAGAGGAUUUCAAGAAGGUUCUUCAGAAAAAUGUUGUGGCUUAUAUUAGCAUCCACAGUCCCUUAAGGGGGAACUCUAGUCUACAUCCUGUAGCAUCACCAUCUCUUCAGCAGCUGGUAGUAGAGAAAAAUAAUUUCAACUGUACCAGAAGAGCUCAGUGCCCAGAAACCAAUAUCAGUUCUAUACAGAUACAAGGUGAUGCUGAUUAUUUCAUCAACCAUCUUGGAGUUCCCAUCGUGCAGUUUGCUUAUGAGGACAUCAAAGCAUUAGAGGGUCCAAGUUUUCUCUCCGAGGCCCUUUUUUCUACACGAGCAACAAAAAUUGAAGAAAUGGAUCCGUCUUUCAACCUUCAUGAAACCAUUACUAAGGUAGGGGAGAAAUGCAUUCAUAAAUAGGUAGGAAAUAUUUGUUCUUCUUUAUUGGUAGAUGGAGUAAAGGACCAUAACCAAUCAAGAGAAAUCACUUUAGAUUAUGGGGAAAUACAAAAAGGACCUCUGCAUUUUUCUGUCUUCAAUAGUUUGUUUAAAUAGUUAAGGUACAUUUUUAUGAUACUUUUUAGUUGCAGAAAAAAAGGCUACUUUUUAAAAUGAAAAAGACUGCAUUUAUAAUAAGAAAGUCUUCUACUGUAUGGCAGUCAUACUUAUAUUUUUAACAUACAGAUGUCCCUCAACUUGUAAUGGCUCAACUUUCUAUUUUUUGACUUUAUGGUGGUUCAAAAGCACUACGUAUUUCAUAGAAAUACUACAUCAACUACCCGUACAACCAUUUUGUUCUUCACUUUCAGUGCCGUAUUCGAUAAAUUACAUGAGAUGUUCAAGAUUUUUUUCUAUAAAAUAUGCUUUGUGUUAAAUUUUGUUGAAUUGUAGGCUAAUAUAAAUAUCUGAGUGUAUUUAAGGUAGGCUAAGCAAAGAUACAAUGUUCAGUAGGUUAGUUGUAUUAAAUUCAUUUUCAACAUAUAUUUUCAUGGACAUAACUCCAUCAUAAGUUGUGAAACAUCUGUAUUUUUAUAGCAGUGAGUGAAUUAUAUAAAGAAAAUUAAAAUUCACAGUAUGGAGCAAAUAAGUUUAAUGUUCCUGACAUCACAUGGCAUCAUAUGG